UUUUGAGCAUUUGUACAGUGUUCGCCAAGUUGGAAGUUUCAGUAAGAUUUCAUCUCUCGUCUUUACUUUUACACGUUUUAAAACUCUUUAAAUAUCGGAAAAUUCGGAGAAAACAUAUUUCACAUUCCAAACACUGUCGUGCAGAACUUUCCUAGCCCUUCCUAGUCAAACUUAAGAAUGUCGAACACGAGACUAUCUACUGCAUCUUCGUACAGUAAAAAUAAAGCCAAGAAGGAUCUGCAUCCAUUUUAUGAUUCAUCUGCCUCAGAUCAAGAAAGAAGUGAUGCCUCUGGAGAUGAUGAAGUCGAAGAUGAUUUCAUUGGAUUCAGCCCUCAAGUGUCUCAUACAAAUUGUUAUAAUGAAAACUAUUUCUUAGAUACUACUCAAUCCCAAAAACAGAGAAUGUCAAUCAGUGGCCAAGAAAAUGCAGCAAAAUUGAACAAGACAGGAGACCGGGAGCACCAACUGAAAGGUUCUUUCUCAAGAAAACCUGCUACUACUACUAGACAAACACCAAUUGAAAAGAAGAAAAAAUUGAGAACAAAUUCCGAUUCGGAUGAUUUUUUUCAAGAGCCCGAAUCCUUGUCGGGAAAAAUUGAUAAAAAAACGAAACCAGGACCAUCAGCUAGAAAUAAGGUAAAAGCAACCACUAAAAAUCCUCCAUCGGCUAAAAAAAGAGGAAAGACAAAUGCCGAAAGCCGAUCUACAGAAACUGGUGAUUCACCUGAACCAGCCGCGAAACGGCCCAUGGUUGCUUCAGAACGGAAAACUAUCUCAGCUGAAGAACCAGCCACGUCAUCCACCGAACAUUUAGACAAAGAUAACAUUACGAAAAAAAAUCCGCGCGGGAACAAAGUUUCAACAAUUGUGGAUGAAGUAGUGGAAACGGAUUUGUCUGCAGGAGGAUCGAAAAGUAAACCCACAAAGUCUACGGACCCAACAUUACGUGAAAACAAGGGUCGCAGUCGUGGUAUCGGUCGACCAAAGAGACAAAGUUCAAGUUCUCCUACCAAGUCCUUAGACAACCACAGUAGAGUGGAAACUAAAAAGUCUGAAGCUAAAAAUGACGAAGCGCAUAGGAUGACCUUAAAAACCGCAGACAAAUCCAAAGAAAGGAAGUACCGUUUCUUGAGCAGCUCAGAAUCUGAAGUAGAGGACGAAGUAGAGGACGAAGUGGAGGACGAAGUGGAGGACGAAGUUGGGGACGAAGUUGGGGACGAAGAGGACGACAAAGUGGAAGACGAAGAGGACGACAAAGUGGAAGACGAAGAGGACGACAAAGUGGAAGACGAAGAGCACGACGAAGAUGAUGGCGAAGACGAUAACAUUUUUCUCAGUCCUCAGAAAACAAAAAGUCAUAAAAUUUCGGUUCCUUCUGCCACUUUAAAAACGCCAGCCUCAGUCGCUAACAAAGUUUCAGAAUUGGGUACACCCAAAACUUCGAAAUUCCGUUUCCUACCCGAACCGGUACCACCGCCCCGGACUCCCAGGCGAACGCUUACUUUGGUCAAGGAAUCUUCACCGAAUAGAGUUGAGCAGUCUAUUAGCAUUCCAGAAGAUGUUGCAAAUGCAGAACUGCACAAGAGAUCGCAAAAGGAAACUCCACUUAUUAGGCCUUCAACAUCUCGUGCAAACGAAGAAUCAAGCGAGGAAACUCCUUUGUCAAAGAGAAGAAGAUUCCCCGAUUCUUCAAAGAAACAGUCGUCAACUAAACGACUCCAAUCCCCUGUAAAAUCCUCGCAACAGUUGAACGAUCUCGAAAACGACAUCUAUGCCCAUGGGGAUGAUUCUGGACUUAUUGAAGAAGUACUGAAAAGAACUAUGCUCCGAUCUGCGAAUUCAACGAACCAAGCCCCAUUAAGUUCCGCCAUUGAUCCGUCUACACUUCCGGUGCCAAACCGCAGUCAUCUACGGACGCAAUUCAAUCUUUAUUUGGCCUCACCCGGCGAUCCUGUACGAGUACAGCAACUGUCUAACGCUGAACACAGCAUGUCGUUGGUUCAUCUACUGCCAAAAAUUGUUUUUGCUCUGAAAAUUAAUAACCCGAUAAUGGUCGUGCGACUCAAAGGAAGCGUCGAAUUUAGAAGCAAUCCCCAUGUUCCAAGUCGCAUUUUACUCAACUCGUCUACGAGACUUGUUGACCUUAAAGCGGGUAUUCUUCACGUGGUCAACACAGGGGAACAAGUCGCCUCAUUUGUACUUUUCGAAACGUUCUAAUAGUGGCAUUACCGGCAAUCUGAUUUUUUUUUGCUUCCCUCCAAAGUUUAUAUUUUCAUUCAUGUACACGAGAUGGCGUUCGCCGUCAACCUGAAAUAAAUACACUUUUGAUUGUCGA